CUCAAAUGGCACCUGUAUUUCGCGUGACUAAAUUAAAACAGCUCCGAACGUUUAACCUGAACUUCACCUGACAGACAACCAUUGCCCUAUUAUUACGCUGCUGAGGUUACAAAGUGAAUGUGGGGAAUAAAAUGACUUCAUAUUGCCAUAUUUACUGACUCGCAUCCUUUCUCAGACCUUUUUUUGCGUUUGCCACUGUUCUUAACUGUCCGAAAGCAAGACGACCAUCAUGACGGGAACUCCUUUGAGCUGGUCCCAUUGCACUGGAUGCACAUGCCCCAAUCACCAAAUACCAUCCUACGAAUUUUCUCCUGAUCGUCAUACUCUCAAGCCCCUGAAUUUGGCACGUCUUGCUCAUUCAAAUGAUUCUCCUUCUGACGCUGAAGAAGCUGUACUUCGGAAAAUGUUAUCCUCAUACGAUGCAGAGCUACAGAAUAUAGAUACGGAGCAAGAGCAGUUGACACAAUUCAUCGCCGAGAUGAAAAGCCGUAUCUCGCUUGCUGAGCAAAAAGUGGAUGACCUAUACAAAGAGAGGCAUGCUAUAUCAGCGGCAAUUCUUGAAAGAAAGCAACUCCUCAAUCCCAUCAGGCGCUUCCCCGCAGAGAUACUCCUUCGUAUCUUCAGUUCGACAAUCGUCUUCCCCAUACCGCGUUUUCAUACUGACGGAGAUGAAGCAUGGGGAUUUCUUCCUCCUGAAAAUUCGAUCUGGACGAUCGAAACAGUGUGUAAGAGGUGGAGGACAGUGGCUCUGGAUUUCCCGGAACUCUGGUCGUCCAUAAACAUAGUCAUCACGGACACUAAUUUCGGCGACGAUAGUCGUGGUAUCUCAUAUGUUCACCGCAUUGGAACCCAGCUUAAUCGCUCAAAGAAUCGUCCUCUAUCAUUAACGAUAUUGAACGAUGAAAUCGGCUCAUCUUUUGCCAAACUACCGCCUGCGAUUGUCGCUAUUCUGUUCUCCUUUUCUACAUGCAUAGAGCGCCUCCAUCUCUACGUCCCGCCUGUGAUGUUCGCCCAUAUCCCUUCCUUGCAUCUUUCCCUACCUUCGCUGACAGAUCUCUGUCUACUUCCUACGGUAGAGUCAAUUGACGAGUACCAAGGCUUGAAAUUAUUUCACUGCCCGAUGCUUCACCGACUUCACACGGUCGACAUACCGCAGCCUUGCCAUUCUUUUGAUCUAUCGUGGGGGCAGAUUGCUACUUUUACAAGCGAUCAUGCAUUAUACGCUGGCCGAGCGCCUGGGCUUGAAACACAGUCCGCUCUACGCAUUUUCCAAAAUCUUACCAGCAUGUCGGAAUGCUAUCUCCGCCUCGAGUUGGUAUCUACCGAACGGUCAUGGGUUGAUGAGCAUCUCGACACGGUAGAAUCUCAAAUUCACGUAUUGAGCCUCUCCUCAUGGCGGUUCAAAAACCACACACCGGUCAAGGAACUACUCGACAAACUCAUACUUCCCGUCCUUCAGCAGCUGUACGUGAAAUGCUCUAUCGAUGAUGCUGACCGUGACGAUGAAGAAACAUUCGCCGCUAUAUACGACGUCCUCAGGCGCUCGGGCCAGCCCUCUAUCACUACUCUCCAUUUUGAUCACGGCGAUAUACUGGAGGAAGAUCUCCUCCAAAUACUGAGCACGUGCCCAACCCUUGAGGAUGUUCGCCUCACAGACGUAGACGAAGGCGCAAUUAGUAACGAGACGCUCCUCCGAUUGACGCUGAAGGUUGACGGAACCGAACCUUUGAUUCCCCGUCUGCAUACUUUGCAUAUCAGUGGACCAAUGUUGUUCUCCAUGCAGAUAUUCGUCAAUAUGGUGGAAUCCCGAUGGACACUUGCUCAUGUCCAAUCGCCCUCUGUUCGGCGCUUGGAUGAGGUCAAUCUUUGCCGGUUCCUUAAAACGGGGGACGAGCCGGAUGGAGAUGAAGUGGAGCGUAUUACGACUCUUUCUGUUCUUGAUGUCUACAAGACGCAAGGAAUGGACCUGACGUUGACUACGAAGGUUUAGAGGAUUCAAUCGCGAGAUGUCUGCACUGCUUGAUUCAUUCCAUUGUUACGUAGUACUUUACAGUACCACAUUAUUGAUCUCGAAGCUUUCAUAAUGGUAGAUAGGGUGUCCAUGCGUACAGGUUAUUUAUACGACUUGUUCUUCAAAGCAAAACAAAAUCAAGCACUAGGUCCAAUUACGACUGGCUUAACUUUGGAAAGCUGGCUAAUAGUCUCAUUGUCCAAGUUCAAAUGGGCUUGAACUAACUCGGGAGGAGUCAAAGCCAACCACUGCAGACUUCUGUCAGAUCGAGUCGACCUUAAAAGCGAUCUUUUCUCACCUGGUUAAGACUGAUAUCCUGGAAGCGAUCUGGUAUAACACGAGAUUAGUUCUGUCGCUCGAGGAAAAGAUGGUCAAAG